AUGAAAAGCACUCUCCUCUUUACUGGGUCUGGCCACAACGCCUCGUACCACAUCACAGCCGGGUCUGGCCACAACGCCUCGUACCACAUCGCAGCCGGGUCUGGCCACAGCGCCUCGUACCACAUCGCAGCCGGGUCUGGCCACAACGCCUCGUACCACAUCGCAGCCGGGUCUGGCCACAACGCCUCGUACCACAUCGCAGCCGGGUCUGGCCACAACGCCUCGUACCACAUCGCAGCCGGGUCUGGCCACAACGCCUCGUACCACAUCGCAGCCGGGUCUGGCCACAACGCCUCGUACCACAUCGCAGCCGGGUCUGGCCACAACGCCUCGUACCACAUCGCAGCCGGGUCUGGCCACAACGCCUCGUACCACAUCGCAGCCGGGUCUGGCCACAACGCCUCGUACCACAUCGCAGCCGGGUCUGGCCACAACGCCUCGUACCACAUCGCAGCCGGGUCUGGCCACAACGCCUCGUACCACAUCGCAGCCGGGUCUGGCCACAACGCCUCGUACCACAUCGCAGCCGGGUCUGCCGGGUCUGGCCACAACGCCUCGUACCACAUCGCAGCCGGGUCUGGCCACAACGCCUCGUACCACAUCGCAGCCGGGUCUGGCCACAACGCCUCGUACCACAUCGCAGCCGGGUCUGGCCACAACGCCUCGUACCACAUCGCAGCCGGGUCUGGCCACAACGCCUCGUACCACAUCGCAGCCGGGUCUGGCCACAACGCCUCGUACCACAUCGCAGCCGGGUCUGGCCACAACGCCUCGUACCACAUCGCAGCCGGGUCUGGCCACAACGCCUCGUACCACAUCGCAGCCGGGUCUGGCCACAACGCCUCGUACCACAUCGCAGCCGGGUCUGGCCACAACGCCUCGUACCACAUCGCAGCCGGGUCUGGCCACAACGCCUCGUACCACAUCGCAGCCGGGUCUGGCCACAACGCCUCGUACCACAUCUCAGCCGGGUCUGGCCACAACGCCUCGUACCACAUCGCAGCCGGGUCUGGCCACAACGCCUCGUACCACAUCGCAGCCGGGUCUGGCCACAACGCCUCGUACCACAUCGCAGCCGGGUCUGGCCACAACGCCUCGUACCACAUCGCAGCCGGGUCUGGCCACAACGCCUCGUACCACAUCGCAGCCGGCCUGCACAAGAGGCAUGAGCACAAAGGUCUGCCGGUCGUAUACCUUCCACCGCCAUGCCGAAAACAACUCUUCUAUGGGCAUUUCUAUCAGAAAUGGUGA